CUUCGUGUUACCUUGGAAUUAUGGUUAUGGUUAGGGUUAGGGUUAGCUCUUAUUGGUUGAUAACGCGAAGGGUCAACCAUCACAACAACGCGGUUAGCGCCAGGCUCACCUCGUCCAUACACAUACACAUACAUACCUGCACAACUUCACGCAAUAAUGAAUACUCGGAGUGCCGCAGGGCGCUCAGAGCGUGCAUCUGCUCAGACUGAGAAUCGCGAACCAAGGCGUAGCAAUCGAAGAAACAACCCAGUUCAGCGUGCAGCAACCCCGACAAAGAAUAUUGUUAGCCAGCCCAUACCUGGACCCGGUAAAGGCUUACUGAACGAUCCGGUCGCUCGCCGUAACCCACCUCCUCAGGCUCGAGACGACAUCAGUAUCCCCUCAAACCCACUGAAGCCUGACGAUGAAACCGAAUUCUGGGAUGACUAUGAUGUGCAAUCGGAAAACCCCGGCGAAGAACCUGAGAACGUCGUCAGCCCCGUCGAAGAACUUCAGCUUGGUAUAGUAGUCACCGCGGCACAGCAAAGGAUCCUGGAGCUCAGUGUUCCAGACUUAGCAAGAGCUGCCGAUAGCCUGUUUGACUGCUUCCAAGGAAAUGAAGCCGACGAUGUCUUCAAUGGAAUCUUGGCCAUUAAGCGACGUGCUUUCCAUACCAUCAGAGGGGAAUAUGAUGCACUUGAUCAGUCUGGCACGGCACCAUUCAUUGAUUUCGCGCACUUUGUGGAUGAAACUCCCACUCAAAACCAAAGCGUUAUGGUGACUCAGAUCGCACGCACCAAUGUUGUGACAGCUUACGACAAGCUUUACAGGCUUGAGGAUGAGGAGGCAUCGGUCAUCUUUCCAUUCCUUGAAUGCCUCAAUCGGGUUUUGCCCACAUUUUUUACCCCAGCUAACAAUAUGUUCCAAAAUCCUCAGAGCACCUUGCACCUCCGAACCUGGCUGUUUGUUGAGGAUCUCUCUCAUCGCAAGGACGAAAAGGACUUUCGGGAGCUGCUUGUUUCUUAUUUCUGUCAAGAUGAAGAAGAAUUGAAGGAAUUGAACGGACUGGAACACAACGGCAAGAGAGAGCUUCCUUCAUAUCCAGAACUUUUUUCGGGGGGGUACUUCAAAGACCUCGGCGGCGUUAAUCAAGUCGAUCACGAUGUUGAUGAUCUCUGCUCAGCACGGAUUGCUCAGAUUAAGAAAAUCAUCGAUGACAACAAGGAAGAUGGUGGAAUCGCCCAGCUGAGAAAACACUUUCCCCUGCAUAAUUUGGUGGAAGAUCUCUUAAAGUGCUUUGAGAGCUUAUACAACGUUUUGACGUUCGAAGAGAGCGUGAGGGCGGGUACUGAGCCUCCUCGACAUGAUCAACAGGAUGUUGCCUACAGCCAAGGCAAUGAUUAUGGUUCGGAGUCACAAUCAAUCGUGCGCGUGGGAAGCCAAGAAGUAGAGCCCAGUCUAUUUGUCGGGCUAAAGUCCAUUCAAGCCUUGCAGGAUAGAAGUCGAGCAACCAGUACUGUUCCCUCUUCCAACCAACAGCUUGCAGGUUUCAGACCCGGGGUUCCCCGUGAUUAUCACGAGGAUUCAAAUGCCGAUCUCCUGGGUGGUAGCCCACUCCCCCCCGCAAGUUCUUAUCGUUUAGCUACCAAAGGCGGGAGGGAACGAGAACGAGUGCAGAAACGACCGCGACUUUCCCAGGAUGACGACGACGGGGAAGACCCUUUUGAGACUGACACUCGUCGUGUUGAUCCAGCGAGGCGAGAUGAGCUACAACGACAGAUGCCGCCACCUCCUAGGCCAGCUCCUGUCUCACGGCCUCCUCCAAGGCAUGUUCCUGAGUGUUCAUUCUCUUCAGGAUCCGCACAUCCCCUUUCUGUGCAUGAGUCGUCGCAGGAUAUGGGAUUACGCUCAGUGUCGCAGGCACCAUUGUCGUCCAGGCCUUUCAACGCUAUCGCAAAGGCCGCAUCACAAAUGAAAAAGGAGGUACGUAUGGCAGAUCCAGAGCGGCAAGGACCACGACAACGCGUUCCCUGGAGUGAGCACGACUCCCGGGUGCUUUGUGACCUUAUUCAAGAAUACGGUGUCCGAUGGUCGUCUAUCGAAACCAUGAGUGAGCGUUUUGAAUAUCCGCGCAAUCAACAGGCGUACCGCGACCGGGCUCGAAACCUCAAGACGGAGCUUCUCAUGGUUGACAUGCCACUGCCUCCAAAUUUCGACGCCGUAGCUUUGAGCAAUAAAGAAAUUGCAAAGAUUAGAGGAGUUGGGAAAAAUCCGUUUCGUAAAGAGGCCGAUAUUGACGACGACAACAACCCCAUCAAUACAGAGCUUGCAGAAUCCACGCCAUUUUAAUAUUGGGCGGCACAAGCACGGAAGUUUGUGAAUUCAACGAGUGGUAACAACCAUGUAAAAUUCUUCAUUGGCGUUAUGUUUUACCUUUUAUAUCAUGGCGGCCAUAUCAGGUUAAGCCAGUUGUACUACGAGGGGCGACGAGUCCUUGCUCACUGCUGUGGUGUACAUUUAAAAUAAGAAAACCUGAUCAAAACUGCGUGGCU